UUCUAAGCAGCUCCUCACCCUCAGCCUUAGCAUCAGCUUCAGCCAAAUUAAUUUACAUUGUACGCCUGCUCCCUGCCUCCUUACAUGGGCCCUCUCCCGCCUCCACGCAUCCCAUCCAGUGGCGUGGGGGUUCCUCUCCAAGCACGUCGCGUGCGUGCCUGCCCAUAUGAAACUUCCGAGUAGGAGUGGGGGAACCCAUUUGUCCAGCGCUUGACUCAGUGUAUACAGACAGCUCGGCCCUCCUCUUACCAAAUAAGGAAAUAUAAGUAACCAUACUAAUUAUCAUCCUCCGAAAUUACAUCAUAUCAACAAACAGCCGCUCCUUACCCACCGCGGAUCCCUAAUCCAUGCCACCGCGCGGCUACACGAUCCAUACCAUGGCGAUGAACCCGCCCUUCCACCCCGCCAUGCCAAGACCCCGCCCGCAUCAGGUACCGUACCCUGCCGGAUAUUGAUUGAUCCAUCCCCCCCGCCCUCCAGUCUUCCCUCCGUCCAUGUCUGUAACUACCAGCCACAAGUCCAGGCCGUCGACAGGCAAAAAGGCCAAUGGGUCUACCAAGGAGAUUACUCUCUCAUCUCCCCGCCAUCGACUCACUCUGUUUCUACACCCUGUAGAUCCAUCGCGCUCCUCGAGGCCUAGACCGCGCUCCAUCAACCCCGCCAUGGCUGUCUUCGUCGAGCUCCCCGACGACGACACCGCGCCCCAAGACGCCGACGCGCGUUAUGCAGCUGAGUGCCAGGCGCGCGCCGCCUUUGAGACGGGUGGACUAAACUCCCUCUCCAUCUCCGCGGACCAGAAGCCCGUCGAGGUCAUCAACGCGAAUCGCAACUCCAUCACCGAAGUCUUCGCGUGUUACCCCGCAGCAACGAUAAUAACCUCCCACAUCGACCUCAACACCCUCGACAGCCUCGCCCGCACCUGCCGGCAGAUCCGCGAGAACCUCCUCCAGUUCCGGUCCCAGCUCAUCAGCCGAACGCUGCGAUGUAGCAACGAUGCUGUGACGCUGAAUAAGAACCAUACCCUGCGCUACCGGGCGCGGGCGACGAACUGGUAUUUCGUGGAGGACGACGGGGCGAAUAUGGAGGGGAAGGUGGGGGAGUGCGCGAGGGAUUUGGUGAGGGGGUGUAGGAGGUGUGGGGCUGUUGUUUGUAGGAACUGCGCAACCAAACCCCCCGCCCCAACCCUCCUCCACCACCGCCACCGCCGCCUCUGUCCAACCUGCCUCUCCCUCUCCCUCUCCUCUCUCCUCUCCCCACCCCUCCCCGUCCCCAUCCCGGCCACCCCCGUAACAACCUCCACCAUCGCGCGCUCCGUCUGCCGCUGCGCCUCCGCGGGGGUCUGGCUCUGCCAACCCUGCGGCCGCGGCUUGAAAAGCGCAGAUAGUACCUACGACUCCAUCUGGCGGUGGCGGAUGCAGUAUUCGCCCACGCUGGCGGAGGGGAGUAGACGGUGUGGACGCGCGGGGCAGUGUGAGGCCGCAGCGGUGGUGGAGGAGGAGGUUGAUUGCGAUGCGAUGGAUUUGCGAGAGGGUGAAGAAGAUGGGCGAGAAGGGGGGAGGGGGGACGUGGUUAGUCCUACGCCGAGUGAUGGAAGUGAAGGAGGAAGUGUUAGAAGUGUUAGAAGUGUUAGAAGUGUGAGGAGAGGCGCGGGGUACGCGAGGCAUGAGAUUGAGGGGAUUGGGGGCGUGGUGAAGAGAAAGCUGAUUCGGAGGGCGAGGGUGGGGGCGUGUGUGGAGGAGUGGGAGGAUGAGAGGGGGGUGGGGAGGUUUAUGAUUAGGGAGAGGGAGGGGGGAGGAGUUGGUGUGGGUGGUGUUGGAAGGUUGUGCCGGGGGAUGGGGAGAGGGAGAAAUGGGGGAUUUAGAAAGGGGGGGGGGUUAGGUUGGUUGUUUGCUGCUGUAGUAGUGAUGAUAUGGCAUAGUACAGUCGUAUAUGGCUUGUACGUUGGUAGGAGGUUGUGGGAUAGCGUCGAGGAUGGCUGCGUCGAUGAUAAUGAAAACAUGAAAUAGAAGAGAAAUCAGGUAUAACUAAAAUUAAUGAUCUACCAGAAGGUACAAUUGCUACAUAUCCUCAAGCUAUUUAACCUUCUAGUAAGAUCUUACAAUCCAGUAUGCUCACAAUAUAAGUUUCCUUGCACCCCAAGCCCC